AUGGCCCUGUUCUCCCUUGCCGUUUUGGCAUUCUCAGUUGUAGCGGUCGAUUCCGCUGUUUGGCCCAACCCUUCCGGGUCGACCAAAGUCCCAAAGAAGAUGGUGAUUAAAGCCGGCGAAGUGUUCGACGGAAAGAACCAGCGAUUUGUCAGCGGUUGGGGCGGUGGUGACCAGGAAGAAGGCCAAGACCCCAUCUUUGAACUGGAAGCCGGAGCUUCCAUCAAGAACGUUGUCAUUGGAGCCCCCGCAGCCGAUGGUAUCCACUGUAUGGGAUCGUGUGACAUCACCAAUGUCUUCUGGGAGGAUGUUGGAGAAGAUGCCGCCACCUUCAAAGGCAAGGCCUCAGACAAGUACAACAUCAUUGGCGGAGGAGCAAAGAAAGCUGAUGACAAGGUCUUCCAACACAAUGGAGGCGGUACUGUUACCAUCAAGAACUUUGAUGUAGGUUGAAGUUCAAGGCUUUCAAAAUACUCUUUCAUUUACAAGGGAGGUACCCAAGUGCGACGCUAAGAUUUUCUUUAAAUUUUGCGCCCACUUCGGGCAUAGACUAAGCAUCAAUUCCUCAAAGUUUUAGCUCGCGCUUUGAAGGCGAAGCCCAGAUAUUCGAACGCCAGAUAUGAUCUUUGCGGCCGACAGAGCACGCUAAACGUGGAGAUCGGCCAGAGAGAAAAACACUUUUUAGCCAUAACUUUGCUAGUUUCGUCCGGAAAAAGUUAAUUUUUUGUGGAAACAUUAACCUUCACGGUAGAAACAGGGAUUUUCGUUCCGAAAUUCGAAAAAAAGUCUAAAAAUUUUGUCACUUUUCGACCAAGAAAUCUCGGCGGUUUCUGCAAAGCGCGAGCUAGGAUUCUCGCGUAUAUUUUAGAAAAUAUUAUUCUAAAUUUUUGCCAAGUUUCAUCAAAAUCUGAGCGUCGCACUUGGGGUACUUCCUCGGUUAGCCUUUGCCAAAAGUCUGUUUAUGGCUACUCAAUUCCUCGUAUUUAGGCCCAAGACAUCGGAAAACUGUACCGCUCUUGUGGAAACUGCGUUAACAACGGGUUCGAUCGUCACGUCGUUAUGGAUGGCGUCACCGUCUCCGGAAAAAUGUUGGUGCUCGCCGGUGUGAACGGAAAUUACGGCGACACCGCCACCUUGACGAAUGUGAAAAUCCCAGCCGGAGGAACGGCUUGCGAAAACUUCAAAGGAGUCAACGACAACAAGGUUGAGCCAAAAGGAGUGGCCUCUUACAAGCAGGGCCAAGAUGGUGACGGCAAGGUUUGCAUCUACAAGAAGGCUGAUGUUACUGCUGUUUAG